ACGAGAUUGAUGUUUAAUGAUGCAAUGAAAUCUGCUUGGGAUGAUGCAGAGGAUAGCUUUAAUUGGGGGAAACCAGAAUUGGUAGGAGACAUUGAUGCAAUUUGAAAAACUAGUAACAACUAACUAUAAUUAAGCAUGGUUAAAAAAAAUGUUUUUUGGAUCUGUGGCCUCGUUUUAGGAUGGCUAUAUUGUUUAGGACACUGAUAAUAAUUGGUUUCAAUGAAAUGCAGUUCUUUUUUCCCAUAAUGCAAACAAACUGGUGUUAUGUGUUGUGUGUGGAUCUGAAAGGCAGAAGGUGUGACAUUCUGGACAGUUCAUCUGCGAAAGCCAAGAAUGAAGAGCGAUAUGGAGAAAUGCCAUCACUAGUGCUGAAUAUGUUGGCCGAUUUCUUGGAGCACCAUGGAUUUAGAAGCAAGGCAGCCUGUAUACGUGAACUUCAACCUAAAAGAAUUGGGCUACUUUGGAGGGAUGCAAAGCAAGUGUAUGACUACGGGGUGGCAACAAUGCGUCACAUGGAGACAUACAUGGGAGAGGGAGCGAAGGGAUGGGAUUGUGGUCUGUCGAAGCUAAAUCACAAGCCACUUUUGGUCCUACGUAUGAAGUACUGUACAGCAAUUUUACUCCACGAGGUGAACGAGUUGAUGGAGAUGGUAGAAAACGAGUCUUUGAAAAACGAUAAGAUGCUUAAGGGGAAGAAUGUUGAGUGAAAAGCAAUUUUGAUCCUCUGACUUUGUGUUGUUGACGGGAUGUUUUUUUUGUUGUUUUGAGAACUAAGGGUUUUUGUGUUUUUUGGUUGAUUUGUUUUUUGGGGGAGGAGCCAUUCCUUCACAUGACAUGGGUAUGAUGUUUUGGACGUAUGCAUGCGUUAGUAGUGGUAGGAUGAUCUUGUUUACGUGACAGAUGUGUUUAAUGCUCUGAAUUAUGCACUACCCUUGGUAAUUCUUUAAUUGCCAUGCAUUUUAUUUAGAACUCAACAGUGGAGUUCAUCCUAGUAGGAAUUGAUGAUAUGUUUACUGGGGUAUUCU